UAAAGGUAUGCCUCAAAGUAUCUUAUUGCUGAAAAAUAAUAUUACAUUGGAAAUAAAAUGGUACUCAACACGAACACAGAUCAACAAUGCAAUUAACUCACACAGCAAUACCGGUUGAUUUUCAAAGUGUGCACCCAAACUCCGCCCUAAACAAAUUUUGACCAAUCGGCGACCGCUGUAGGCAUAGAUCGUUGUGGCAACACGCCUCAUGUUUUUCGUCACGGAACGGCGACUCAGGCGCGACUUACACAUUGUUAAUGCAAGCGCUUCGCUUUGAAGACACUGGAUCCAAACGUUCGUACCGUCUCCCUCUUUCACCGGCCGCUGUAAAUUUUGAUAUAAUUUUUUAGAAUAUAUAGCACCAGAAAAAGUCUAACUGACUGAAGAAAUAGUUCUUAGUUUAGACCACCUGAAGAAUACUUAAGAAGCAAUAUGGAUAUUUGAAGAAAUUUUGACCAAGAACGAUGAAUUUGUGAUCGGGUCAAUUCUGGCCGAUGUAGCAGUUCGGGCGUUAGAAAGAGACAAGUGCUCGGGCGGAGGGGUUUGGAAGGCUGCGGAGGCGGCCAGUUGGAUCAUUUUUUGUUGCACCGCUGAUUGUGAAAGAUUACACUUGAGAGUCGAAAUACAUCUUUACAUCACACGUCAGUGGGCACCGAGCUGUCUUCAAAGCAACACGGAUUAGACACACGUUUCUUUUAGGUUAUCAUGUCUGCGUGCAAGUUGUGAUAGUGAGACAUCCAGAGUGAUCUUCAGGACUUUUGUGUUUGGACUGAUCUGGUGUUAGCCCUGCGUCUUCGCUGCGGUUUCUGGCCUCGAUGGCUGUUUCAACUCUGAACAUGACUCCAUACUUCACAGGAUAUUCAUUUCAAGGUCAGGGUCGAAUGAACCAACUGGGUGGGGUUUUUAUUAAUGGGAGACCUCUGCCCAAUCACAUCCGGCUGAAGAUCGUGGAAAUGGCGGCGGCGGGCGUGAGGCCCUGCGUCAUCUCUCGUCAACUACGGGUCUCGCACGGUUGCGUUUCCAAGAUCCUCAAUAGGUAUCAGGAAACUGGUUCCAUCCGCCCUGGUGUGAUCGGAGGAUCUAAACCGAGAGUGGCGACGCCUGAAGUUGAAAACAGGAUCGAAGAGCUCAAGAGACAAAACCCAGGUAUAUUUUCCUGGGAAAUUAGAGAUAAACUUAUAAAAGAAGGAAUCUGUGAUAAAAACACUGCACCGUCAGUCAGUUCCAUAUCGAGGCUUAUAAGAGGAGGCAAAAGUGACGAAUCAGAUCCUAGGAGAAAUCACAGCAUUGAUGGUAUUCUAGGACCCUCAUCUUGCGAAGACUCCGACACUGAAUCAGAACCUGGAAUUACGUUAAAAAGGAAGCAACGACGAUCUCGAACAACUUUUUCUGGUGAUCAGCUCGAGGCCUUGGAGAGAGCGUUCACAAGAACCCAGUACCCUGAUGUUUACACCAGGGAAGAGCUUGCUCAGAAAACUAAAUUAACUGAAGCAAGAGUUCAGGUAUGGUUUUCGAACAGAAGAGCUCGUCUACGCAAGCAACUCAACUCUCAACAACUCAGUGCCUUUAAUACGAUGUCCUUACAAUCCGCUUUCCCGUCAGUCCACCAGCAAUACGAGCCUCCAAGUAGUUUCAACGCUCAGUGCGCUUCUUGGCAGCAGUCAUAUUCCUCCGCACUAGGUUCAAGCUCCGUUCUGAAUUCUGCCUUGGCUCCAUCUUUACAUCAAUCUGCGUUAACGCCAUCAGUUUGUCAGUCAGCAUUAGCUGCUUCAUCCUUACACCCUCCUACCUCAAGUUCAUUCACAUCAGGAAACCUGACUCCGCUUUCCCACUCCUCUGAACUUGCCACUCCUCUUCAAGUCGCAGCCGAUGCUACACCUCCCAGUUCGAGUCCCACUGUCUCUAGUCCAUCAGUAAACCAGAGUGGUGGGAUAACCUACCAGCACCCAACAUAUGCGAGUCCAGGCGACCCUGUAUCCCACCCUUAUGGCUACGGGGACUAUGCGAAACAAGAUCAUGCCAUGUCCGCACAUAAUCACUGGACAUCGAGACAGCUCAGCGGACAUGCCUCGAACAAAUUAGCCGAAGUCGGUGCAUGGCCAGAAAAUUAUAGUUCGUUCUUCGGCACGAAUGCUCACUACGCGUCGCACGCGCACUCGCCCGGCGAGGCCAAGUCCGGGUACCCGUACUUAGGACAACUCGGCGGUAUGGAUAUGGGCAGAGUUCAUUAACCUUCUUCAAAAAUAUUAAACAAAACAUAUCUGAUUAAAUAGGAGUUUUACAUGGAAAAAUGAAAACGAUUAUAAUUAAAUUAACAUUUUAUUCUUGAUGUAAUAAUACGCAUUCUCCCAACUUUUAGUACAUUUUUCUAUACGAAUUUAUUCUGAUUGGCUUUGUCCUAUGCUGCUCUUAUAAUAUGACAAAGAAAAACAUAUCAAUAGUGCCUUGGUAAUCUGUCAAAGUUAAUUGUCCUUUAAAGAAAUUGCUAGACUAGAUUAGCCUUACUGUAUAAAUUGUAUUAUAUUUACAGCUUUAUCUAGGUUAAGAUAGAAUUAAUAAAUUAAUUUCUCAUUUAAUUUAGGAGUUUUGGAGUUCCUCGAUUAUUAAUUUGAACUGACAAUAUUGUUCUCAGUUCUAAGAUGUAAAUAUUAACAGUGCAGUUCGGCACGUAACAUAUUGUUAAUAUCUCUUGUAUAGCUUCUACUAGUAUUCGUAGAUUAAAUAAAAAGUUGUUAAAUAUAUAAAUAAGUUGUUGAGUAGUUAAGCAUGUCAUUUAUGAGUGAUUUUUGUGUAAUGUAUCUAUAUCAAAUUGAUUAAUAUUUAAAAAAACUAAAUCACGCUUCGAUAAACACGAUUGUUCCCACAAAAUGCCUUAUACUGAAUUGUGAUUAGACAUUUUACAUUAUAUCAUGACGAAUGUAUUUAUUUUAUAGGAGUUUUAUCAUAUAUGUAUAUAGAAUAAGCACCUUUCUAAUAAUAAUUACUUAACUGAAAAUAAAUGAAUCCUAAUGCAAUGACAAA